AUGGCCCGCUACACCUGCCACCAAGCAGAUCUCAUCCAGACCACCAGUGAUAAUGGUGUCAGCAACAGGGCGGCGGAGAGGCUGCAGGUGGUGGGCAGAGCGGGCACCGGCGUGGACAACGUGGACGUGGAGGCAGCCACCAGGAAGGGUGUCCUGGUCAUGAACACGCCCACUGGCAACAGCCUCAGCGCCGCCGAGCUCACCUGCGGGAUGAUCCUGUGCCUGGCCAGGCAGAUUCCGCAGGCAGCUGCCUCCAUGAAGGAGGGCAAGUGGGACCGUAAGAAGUACAUGGGCAUGGAACUCAACGGGAAGACGCUGGGUGUGCUGGGGCUGGGCCGCAUUGGCAGGGAGGUCGCUACCCGCAUGCAGGCUUUUGGCAUGAAGACCAUAGGCUACGACCCCAUCAUCACCCCCGAAACCUCGGCCACCUUUGGCGUGGAGCAGCUGCCACUGGAGGAGAUCUGGCCCCGCUGUGACUUCAUCACAGUGCACACACCGCUGCUGGCCUCCACCAAGGGGCUCCUGAACGACAGCACCUUUGCCAAGUGCCGCCGCGGUGUGCAGGUGGUGAACUGCGCUCGCGGUGGCAUCGUGGAUGAGGGCGCACUGCUGCGGGCGCUGCGGUCAGGGCAGUGUGGUGGGGCCGCCCUCGACGUCUUCACACAGGAGCCGCCGAAGGACCGCGACCUGGUGAACCACCCCAAUGUCAUCUGCUGCCCACACCUGGGUGCCAGCACGCAGGAGGCACAGAGCCGCUGUGGCAAGGAGAUCGCCAUGCAGAUUGUGGACAUGGCUACAGGGAAGGGGCUGGCUGGCACAGUCAACGGGCAGGCUCUCAGCAAGGCUUUUGCACCGCAGACUAAGCCCUGGAUUGCCCUGGCCAGGGCCCUGGGCUUGGUGCUACGCACAGCGGGCAAGCAAGUGCAGGGCAGCAUGCAGGUCUGCACCCAAGGGACACCUCUGCAGGAGGCUGGGAGCUACCUGACACCCGCCGUGGCUGCAGGCAUGCUGGCUGGAGGGCCACAGAAGGACGUGACCCUGGUGAACGCCCUGCUGCUGGCCCAGGAGGCUGGGCUGAAGGUCACAACCACCCAUGGCGAUGUGGCCCCCGAGCCCGAUGGCAGCACCAGCCUGCUGCAGGUGUCCCUGCAGGGCACCCCACACCGGGUGACCGGGACAGUGCAGGGCAGCACCCCAGUGCUGCGGGAGAUCAAUGGGGCCACCUUCAAGCAGCCGGCUCCGCUGAGCGGCCCCAUCCUCAUCUACAAAGCCAAAGCCUCCGAGCCCAGCAUGCUGCCCGUGCUCAUGGGACUGCUGGGGAAGGCAGGGGUCCAGCUCCAGUCCUACCACAGCUCCAGCACUGUGGCAGGGGAGCAGUGGAGCGUCAUGGGUCUCUCAGCCCCCCUGUCUGACCUCAGCGAGCUGAAACCACGAGUCAUGGAGGUCUUCCAGCUCCACCUCUAAACCCUGACCACCAGCAAGGACUCUCCCCAUGGCCACAGCAUCUAGACCCCCCCUCAUCGGGGGGAACAUUGCACUCGGCUGCCCCCAGCACCCAUUCUGGGCUUGGGGUGGCCCCGUGCUCAAAUAAAGGGUC